CGUGCUCAGGUGUCUGGGCUUUGGGCCGUGCCCGCCUCGGAGCCAGCCCCUACCACGCUGCCCACCGGACCCUGGGUGUGGGGGACACUGCUCGGGAGCCCACGGGUGCUGAGCGCCCGGGAGCCCGCGCCUGCCCAGCUGUUCCGCCUGUGUUUGUUGUGCCGAGGAGGCCCCGCCGCCGCCGCGCGCUCCGCCUUGCGCCGGGCGAUUGGCUGGCGGGCGUCACGUGGGCGCGAUCAGCUGGGCCGGCUGCGGGCGGUCGGCCUGGCUCUGACCCCCGCCGCUGCUUGGUGAGCCGACCGGGAGGCUCGUCCCUGCUGGCGUUGGGUAGGCACACUCCUGCACACCCCUUUAAUCCACGCUGCUAUCUAGGCAGAGAGAAGAGACUGAAAACCAAAUAUACAGCCAUGUUUCCACGUGAAUCCAUUAUAGCAGAAUCAGAAUAUGCUACUUCUGGAAGGGGCAGAGUUUUGUAACCCUUCCUGUGCUAGAACCAGUUUCUGUUUCUCUGAGAAAGACAUCUAAAGUGAAGAGCUUUUCCCCUACCUAUCUCAGUGUGCUGUAAGCAGGAUAACCUUUCUUGGUUUUUAGAACUUCAGCUAUCAAAAUGGGCAGAAUCUUUCUUGAUCAUAUCGGUGGUACCCGUCUGUUUUCUUGUGCAAACUGUGAUACAAUCCUGACCAAUCGCUCAGAACUCAUCUCUACUCGGUUCACAGGCGCCACUGGUAGAGCAUUUCUUUUUAACAAGGUAGUUAACUUGCAGUACAGUGAAGUUCAAGAUCGGGUCAUGCUCACUGGCCGCCACAUGGUUCGAGAUGUGAGCUGCAAAAACUGCAAUAGCAAACUGGGAUGGAUCUAUGAGUUUGCUACUGAAGACAGCCAGCGUUAUAAGGAAGGCCGUGUGAUCCUGGAACGUGCACUAGUUCGAGAGAGUGAAGGCUUUGAGGAGCAUGUACCAUCUGAUAACUCUUGAAGAAAAAAGAUAAACCCAUCUUUUCCCAGGUCUCCUUCACUGAAAACAAAAAUCUCCUUACAUACACUGUCACCUUAGCAUCAGAGUCGGAUUCAUGAACUGCGGAACAAGAGGUUGUGAGCAUCUAAGAUGGAAACUUUCUUCUUUCUUCUUUUGUUUUGUUUUUUUUAAUUUUGUAUUUUCCAUCCAACAGCAGUUUGUAGAGAGAAUUUUAUGCAUAUGCCAUUAAUUUUUUCCCUGUGUUUACAUCUUGAGGCAGAUUUGCAACUACAUGGUGGGCUAUGUAAGGGAAAAAAUUGGGGUCCUUAGAGUGAAAAGGAGUGUUUUGUGUACAUUUUGAGUGGAGAAUAUGUCAAGAGCAUGGUUUUUAAAUUUAUUUGGGCUUCAUUUAAAAUUUUCUUUUUAACCCAGUUAUUUCACUUAAUUUGCUAGCUUCAAGAAGAGAUCCGAAUCUGUGCCCAGCGCUGGAGGCUCAGUGUUAGCGUGGCUUGUGCUGGCCAGUGUGCCAUAUUCUUGUUGGAGAGGAACUGUAGCACCAGAACCCAUUCUUCCUUGUCAGUCUUGACCCACAGAUGUCACCAUCCCUAGUUCCUUGUCACCACGUACUUGGUGUUGAUUGGAAACUUUCUGAAAUGGGGCAGAACUGCUUGGUUGUCUUUUCCCAUGUAACUUAAGCAUAGUAAUAUAAAUAAAGUGGUAGUUGGAUGUUUUGGUCCUGUGUUACUUUUAAAAAUACCUAAUAAGAGAGCAAACGUUUGAUAAGUGAUUUUCUUAGUAGUUAAAGUGAUUCUUCUCAGUCUUAGGCUGUCCUGACUAUGUAUAAGGUUUUUGUGUAGGUGAAAACACACUGUUUAAACAGUGUUGUGUUUGGAAAACAGUUGAGCAAAAUGUCAGUGUGCGUGCUUCCCUGCACCGUCAAUCUGCCCCUGUUCUGAAGGGGGAAAUGAACAACUUACCUAAAACUACUGUUUGGCCAAGGGUCUCCGCCUCCCCACAUUCGUGAUUGGCUUUGUUUGACAAGUCUGUAGCGCUAAUACUUCAUCAAAGGACCGGGUCUCUGCUUAGGUCAUUAUUUCACAUCUUUCCUUAGAAGUUCAGCUACUGCAUUUCAGCUGGACCCGAUACCACCCCCUAUUGGAAAGAGGUCAGAUUGGACUCAAUUUCAGCCCUAAAUUUAUGACAUUACAAAGUAUUAGAAUAUGCUUCUUUAUCCAAACUGUUUCUAGGCAAACUGAUCCUUGCUUUUGGUGAAUUAGACAGGACAGGGAAAUCAGCUAGUUAUACAAAUGAGUAGAUGGAUAUAUGUCUGCUCAGUUUCCAAGUCAUCUAUGAAGGAAAUUUGCCUGAGUUGAACAAGUGACACUGUCAUUGGCACUAAUGUGAUUUGUGCUUACAGUCAUCACCAUAGCUCUGCACUCUUGGUCAGCGGCAUGGCUGUCUGGAGCAGUGGAAGUAUAAUACUGCGUCCCAGUUGAGUGACACAACUCUGUCUUCACCUUGAAUGAAGCUUCAAGACUUAAGAACAAUAUUUAUUUCCACUGAUUUCUGCACUGGCCUGUGAUGCGGAUUCCUAGUCGCAUGCCUCACCUACAGCAUCGUGUGCAUUGCUGUCAAAAUAAAAUAUAUUUUGUCUUGCA